AUGGAUCGUUUUUCAGUCGACUCUCCCAAACUGGGCUCAUCACCGUCAAAACGAAGGGCCGUCGAGGCGGCUGCGGCUGCGAAUGGUGAACCAUCGCCCGAACAAGUCACGCAAAGUGUUUUGAACGGAUCGAUGAGUGAUGCGGCUCUUGAAGAACAGGUGCUCCGCUCAACUUCUCCACCACCAAAUAUGGAGAAACCUGAUGGGCAUUUGACGGAAAAAGAGCUUCAAGAUCGCGCCAAAGAGAAGAAGGCAAAGAAAGUGAAAAAAGUGAAACUCACCGAGAAAAUGUUACAGGAUUACAUCACUUUGGAAAAAGCGGUUUAUCGUUUGGAGCGAAAAAAUGUCAUCAAGAAAUACGAGCAGAAAAUGAUUGGCGCGGAUGAAAUGAAGAAAACUUUUGAUCAAUUAGAAGCCACUUAUAAGGAGCUGAAAAAACAGACCGAAAAAGAGAAAGCCGAUAUGGACAAUAUUGAGCAACCGUCAGUAAAAACAUUUCUGAAAUCACAGGGCACUUGGGAGAGUCGCUUGGGCAAAGAGAAAGAGGAGUACUUGGACGCGGUGCGGAAACAAGAAAACGCCGAAAAGGCUCUUGUUGAUGCGAAACAAAAAUACGAUCGAGCAUCGAAAAUCGCAGAUCUUUACAAGCAACAAAGUGACGAUUUACAAGGAAUGUACGAGAAACAAGAUCAAAUGUUGACCGAUAUUUUUGGCUCAGAAUACGUCUCGGAAAAGGAGAAUCAAUUGGAGGGAGAGUUAGAAGAUCUCGUCGAAUGGCAACAAAGAGUCAACUUGGCGAUGUUCAAAUGGACAAAUGGACGAGUGCUCCUUGUUCACGCGAAUACCCAAAUGGCAUUCGGGAUCAGCAGAUGGCAAGAGUUGAAGAAAAUCGAGACAAGUAACGGUCGAAUGAGAUAUUUCGCGGCGGCCGAGGCGCGGAACAACUUCAUCGCCGCUGGACAGAAUGUGCAAAGUUGUCGAGUGUAUUUGGGGAAAGUUCAAUUCCCCUAUGCCACCGAGGACGAGAUGACUCAAAUGGAAAACACCGUGAACUCGGCAUUCAAAGAUGUGCAAAAUGACUCAACGAUUGAUAAAGCUGCCCGAAUGUUCCAAGAAACGCACGUGCGAAUCACGUCGCUCAUUCAAUGGUUCGACAAAGUGAUUCACGAUACGAUUUGUAAAGAUUUGGAUAAAGCAAAUGAUGAGGUCAUUCGAAAACAGCGACAAUUGCGAGAGGAACGGCUGGCGAUCAUGAAGAAAAAGUGCAAAGAGGAGCUCGGUCACGACAUGCAAUUCGAGUACGACCACGUGGAUGACAGUGAGCUUGAAAAGGAAUUGUUGGCCCUCGAGCAAGAGGCGCUUCGUGACGAGCAAAACGGGAAAAAUGAUGGACUAAAGGAAUUGCUUAAUUUGUCACAACCGGAAGGACCCGGAGGAGUACCGCUGAGCAAAUUGGCUCCAAUUCCGAGCAAGGACGCGCUAUUUGGCGAUGUGAAACAAAAACUGGACGAGUAUGGAAACACACGGAAAGCUUUUGGGAAACGCAAUCAAGAGGCGAGAGAGAGACAAAAAUUAGCUUUACAGGAAAAGCUUAAACAACGCCAGCAAAAUGGAUCAAAUAGUGAUUUGGAGAGUCUACAAAGACCACCAGCACCGACAGAGCCAAAAGAGGCAAAAGAGAAGGGGGCAACGAAAGGAACGGUCACGAAAAAGAAGAAAUCGGUGAAGAGAGUACCCCGAAGAGCCGUUGCACCGAUAUCCGAGGAAGUGACCGCU